AUGAGAUUUCAAAGCACCGCUCUCGGGGCGCUACAGGAGAGUACCGAGCAAUAUGUCAUCGGGGUGCUGGAGGAGGCCAACCUGUGCGCCAUCCACGCCAAGCGCGUCACGCUGAUGCCGAACGGAGAAGCAAUCGAGCUACCCGAAAUUGGGACUGAUGAUGAAGAUGAGGAUGAUGAUCCUGGUAUGAAGAACAUCGCGGGCUGGGCGGCGUCACCCGAUCUCCGGGCAGCUCUAAUGCGACAAGAAACAAUGGACCCAUCGCAAAUCUUUGGGCCACCAGCACCGCUAAACAUGGAAGAAGUAUUCAGCAUGAGCAAGGAUAGAUGGCCCAAGUUCCGCAACAGAACCUCGAGUGCUAAUUGGAGCGGAUCUGACGGGCUGAUCGAGGAUGAUAUUCGAAAAGAUCUGGCAGCGCGAGAGAAGCUGCGGCGUGAGGGAGGCUGGUCCUAUGAAAUGAGCAAGGACUUGUUGUAA